UUUAUUGCUGAUGUGUCUUCCGAAACGCAUGCGAGGCGAAAGUUCAGAGGAUAAGUUGCAAUACAUUGUUUUUCUUUUGUUGUAAACGAAAAUGUCGAAAGACACAAAUCCCAAGGAUGCGUUGAUUAGCGCUGCUUAUGCCGAUGUCAACAAAUUUGCCAAUAAUCGUGAAUUCGAUAAGGCAGUCAAAGCUGUAAAUCGCAUUUUGGGCGUAGCUCCAGAUGAUGCCACAGCUUUGCACUGUAAGGUCGUUUGUCUAGUGCAGCUGUCCAAGUUCGAGGAAGCCCACAAGUUUAUUGAAAAGAAUCGGCUUAGCUCUUCUCUAAUCUUUGAGAAGGCAUACUGUGAAUAUCGCUUAAACAAGCAGCUUCAAGCUCUUAAGACCAUAGAUGAUGCCGGGGUGCAACCACUGCCAGCUAAUCUUAAAGAAUUGCGCACUCAGAUCCUAUACCGCUUGGAACGCUACGAGGAAUGCCUGGACUCGUACAAAGACAUCAUCAAGAACACCAGCGACGAGUACGAAGAUGAACGACGCACCAAUCUGAGCGCAGUGGCUGCCAAUUUGGCUCUGGACAAGAACAAGGAUGUACCCGAAGUGCCCGAGGAGACGUAUGAACAAUACUUCAAUAGCGCUUGCAUUCAAUCCAAUCGCCAAAAGUAUGUGGAAGCCGAGCGGAAGCUACGCACCAGCGAGAAGUUGUGUCGCGAAUUUCUCGAAGAGGAGGGUUCCUCUGAGGAGGAGAUUGUUGAGGAAUUGGAUGUGAUUCGUGUCCAAUUGGCCUAUUGUCUGCAACUGCAGGGCAAGGUAAAGGAAGCCAGCAUUAUCUAUGCGGAUUGCUUGCGCCACAAGCCCAAGGAUGUGGCAUUGGUUGCGGUGGCAAGCAAUAACUCGGUUGUCAUUAACAAAGAUCAGAAUGUGUUUGACUCCAAGAAGAAGAUACGCGCCGCUCUGGCAGAAGCAUGUGAUGCUAAGCUCACGUCCCGCCAGAAGCAGAUAAUUGCCGUGAAUAAUUGUCUGCUGGCUUUGUAUACCAAUGCCAGUGACCAAGUGCAACAGCUGAGCCAAAAGCUAGCUCAGACCUAUCCGCAGGUCGAAUUCGAGUCUGUGCUAAUACGCUGCAGUCAGUUGGCCAAGGACAAAAAGCACAAAGAGGCGAUUGUAUUGCUUCAAAAGUUUGCAUCGUCGCAUCAAUCUCUUGAGUUUGUCACGAAGUUUGCCAUCAUUCAGUUGCAAUUGCAGCAAGGUAAUCGAAAGGAUGCCAUUGAGACGCUGCUCUCUUUGGGUGAGGCCAAAUACAAGCCGGGUAUUGUAUCCGCCUUGGUCUCCCUUUAUCAGGGCACUAAUAACACGCCGGCGGCUUCAGCCCUGCUAAAGUCAGCCGUUGAAUGGUAUAAGCAGAACAAUGUAAGCAGCGGCGAUCUCUCCGAUAUGUGGCGCCAGGCGGCAGAGUUUCAUUUGCGUGGAGGCGCCCCCGAGACUGCAGCCGGUUCCUUGGAAGAGCUGCUUAAGCUCAAUCCCAACGACAUGAAGGUAUUGGCACAGCUGGUCAUUGCCUAUGCCAAAUUCAAUCCCAAACGAGCAUUGGAGAUGAGUCGCAAACUCCCCAAACUGGAGACAUUGACAACGGCUUCCGAAAUUGAUGCUCUCGAAGCGGCCAAUUGGGUAAUGUCCACCAAGGCUGCAAAGAAGUCGGCCGGCAAGAUUGAACCCUCACCCAGUACUCCUGCGGAUAAGAAAAGACAUAACAAUCGCAAGCGUAAAGGCAAACUACCCAAGAACUACAAUGCUGAAGUGGGACCCGAUCCCGAACGCUGGUUACCCAAAUACGAGAGAACUGGUUUCCGUAAGAAGCGUGGCGGUGCUCGCGGCAAGGACGUCAUCAAGGGAUCCCAGGGCAUGGCCACAGGAGCAGCUGAUCAAUAUGAUAUGUCCAAUCGCGUUAAUCUGAGCAAGCAAUCCCCUGCGACACCCGUUUACCGUGAGGAAGCCGCUCCCGGACCUAGGCAACAGCAUCGCAAGGGUGGCCACAAAAAGAAGAAGGGCGGUCGUUUCUAAAUAAUGAUAAAUUUAUUACACAACCGUAUAAUUAAUAUAAAAUGGUUUUUGCAUGAAAAAUAA